AUGUUAAUCACAUAGCUAAGGCAAAACCCUAAAUGAUUCGCGGGAAAAAGUAAAAAAUGGCGACUAGAAGAGUUUGAACUUUAGCGCCUGUACACAUAUUUGCAAGAAGAGACAACUCCUCGCUAAUGGAACGUUACUCAACAGCAACAACAAUAUUUCGAGUUUUAUCGAACCUGGGUUGGAAGUUUAUCAAGGGGGAAGUGUUGUAGUGUGUGGACAGCCCAGCUGCAGCAUGUUGGAGUCAGCAUACAGAGAUGACUUCUGCAGUGUGGAGCCGAAGAAGGGGCUGGAUGCCAAGCGUCUACCCCAGAAGAGGGAGCGGAGCUUCACAGACCUGGAGAGCAGCCUGACUGUGGGCCAGUAUGUCCUGUGUCGAUGGUCUGAUGGCCUAUACUACCUGGGGAAGGUCCAGAGAGUGAGUGCCUCCAAGCAGAGCUGCUUUGUCACUUUUGAAGAUAAUUCAAAAUUCUGGGUUCUCUGGAAAGACAUCCAACAUGCUGGAGUUCCGGGGGAGGAACCCAAAUGCUCGGUUUGUUCUGAAAUGGUGCUGGUGUCUGACAAUGAGAUCCUGAUAUGUGGGAAAUGUGGAAUAGGUUACCACCAGCAGUGCCACCUGCCAGAGGUGGAGAGCUCAAUGGAUUUGUCACCAUGGUUUUGCAGGAGGUGCAUCUUUGCUUUAGCUGUGCGGAAAGGGGGAGCUCUCAAAAAGGGCGCUAUAGCAAAAGCACUGCAGGCCAUGAAGCAGGUGCUUACCUACAACCCAGCAGAGCUGGAGUGGGAUUCUCAGCACCGCACAAAUCACCAACAGUGUUAUUGCUACUGUGGAGGACCUGGAGAGUGGUACUUGAAGAUGCUGCAGUGUUUUCGGUGUCAACAGUGGUUCCAUGAGGCCUGUAUCCAGUGCCUACAGGAGUCCAUGAUGUUUGGAGAUAGGUUUUACUUGUUCAUCUGUUCCGUGUGUAAUAAAGGACUGGAGUACAUUAAGCGCCUGGCUCUCCGAUGGGUGGACGUGGUGCACUUGGCACUUUACAACCUGGGAGUCCAGAGUAAGAAGAAGUACUUUGAGCUGGAGGAGAUCCUUAACUUUGUCAGCAACAACUGGGAGCAUUUCCAUUUGGGCAAGCUCUCCAAUACUCCUCCAACAGAAAGAGGCCAAUAUCUCCUUGAUGCUCUGAACAACUACAAGAGCAAGUUUCUCUGCGGGAAGGAGAUCAAGAAGAGGAAAUGCAUCUUCCGCCUGAGGACACGCGUUCCACCGAACCCUCCCUCCAAACUCUUUCCCGAGAGGGCCCAAAACGAGGGAUGGAGAGGACGAAAGAAAGGCCCAGACAGGAACAGCUCUCUCCCGGCAGAGAAGAGGAGGAAGAAAAGGUCGAAAUGGCUGCUGGAGGACGCCAUUCCCAAUAAUGACCUGACCUCAGCCUGGAGCACCAACCAUCAUAUGGCCAACAUCUUUGACUUCACAUUGGAUGAGUUACAAAGCCUCAAAAGCACUAGCUCGGGACGGACCUUCAGUCUUGACCUGGACUCCACAGAUGCUGCCAGCACCUCUGGGUCCGCCACCACCAGUGUCUCCUACGACUUCAGGAAGAAUGUUGGCAGUCGUAAGAGGAAGCUGCCCACCUCUAACUAUACGGUGCUGGCCACUAAGAAGGAGGUGGUGGAGAGCGAGCUGAGCCCCAUGGAGCUGAGCCUACCAGGAGAGGAGGCUGCCUCCGCGAUGCUGGACAACGCGAUCGACAGCCACACCUUUGACAGCAUCAGCGAGGACGACUCCUCCCUCUCCCACCUCAAGUCGUCCAUCACCAACUACUUUGGGGCGGCGGGGCGGCUCACCUGCGGAGAGAAGUACCAGGUGCUGGCCCGCCGGGUCACUCCAGAGGGGAAGGUGCAGUAUCUGGUUGAAUGGGAGGGUACCACUCCCUACUGACCUAGCCGGCCAGACUGGCUGGCUGCUGCAGUCAGGAGGUGUUGCAGAGGAAGGGGGAGUAAUGGGCAAGAUCGGCAUAGCAAGGCCUACCUGGUUGUACUCGUUUAUUUUUUUCAUGUUACUUUCUCUUGCUCUACAGUGCUAUCUUUAUUUCAGUAUAUAAUAUUAUUUUGGGUAUAUUGAACCAAUUUGGUAGCGUCCUCUUGAGCAUCUUGAAUAGUAACAAGCCUGAAAAACUGUGUUCCGGAUGCUAGUUUGAGUAGGUUUGUGAUGGUAAAAAUAGCGAAAGAGUUGGCUCAGAGUUCCAAGAAAGAACAAUACCACUGAUUCUAAAGGAUGGGAGCAAAACUGUCGAAAGCGCACUACUAAAAUACAGGCUCUGUGUCCCUAAAUUCAACAAUAUUCUGCUCUAUUAAUAGUUUUUCACAGUAUUUAAAAAAACUUUCUGUUUAGAAUUAUUUCACAAUAACAGCAAUAUGCCAUAUCUAAGCCACAUUUACAGUGCCUUCAGAAAGAAUUCAUGCCCCUUGACUUAUUCCACAUUUUGUUCUGUUACAGCCUGAAUUCAAAAUGGAUUAAAUGUAUUGUUUACACAAUACCCCAUCUACACACACUACCCCAUUUUGCAGAUGUAGGGAAAAUGAAAUACACAAAUAUCUAAUUCACUUAAGUAUUCACAGCCCUGAGUCAAUACUUUGUAGAAGCACCUUUGGCAGCGAUUGCAGCUGUGAGUCUUUCUGGUUAGGUCAAAGCGCUUUCCACACCUGAAUUGUGCAACAUUUGCCCAUUUUAUUAUUUUCCAAAUUCAAGCUCUGUAAAAUUGGUUGUUGGAUCAUUGCUAGACAUUUUCAGGUUUUGCCAUAGAUUUAAAUCAAAACUAUAUCUUGGCCGGUCAGGAACAUUCGCUGUCUUGGUAAGCAACUCCAGUGGGCCUCCCGAGAGGUGCAGUGGUCUAAGGCACUGGAUCGCAGUGCUAGCUAUGCCACUAGCGAUUCUCGGUUCGAGUCUAGGCUCUGUCGGAGCCAGCCCUGUCCGGGAGACCCAUGGGGCGACGCACAAUUGGCCCAGCGUCGUCCGGGUUAGGGGAGGGUUUGGCAGGGAUGUCCUUGUCACAUCGCGCACUAGCGACUCCUAUGGCAGGCUGGGCACAGUGCAAAAAAAAAAAGCUAAUCCAGUGUAUAUUUGGCCUUGUGUUUUAGGUUAUUGUCCUGCUGAAAGGUAGAUUUGUCUCCCAGUGUCUGGUGGAAAACGGACUGAAUCAGGUUUUCCUCUAGGAUUUUACCGAUGUUUUAGCUAGAUUCUGUUUCUUACCCCCCCAGUCCUUAACAAAAAACAUUGAUUGGAGAAGAUUUGGAAAGGCAUACAAGUGUCUAUAUAGGGUCCUACAGUUGACAGUGCAUGUCAGUGAAAAAACCAAGCCAUCAGGUCGAAAGGAAUUGUCCAUAGAGCUCAUAGACAGGAUUGUGUCAAGGCACAGAUUUCAGGAAGGGUACACAAAACAUUUCUGCAGCAUUGAAGGUCUCUAAGAAAACAGUGGCCUCCAUCAUUCUUAAAUGGAAAUGUUUGGAACCACCAAGACUCAUCCUAGAGCUGCCCGCUCAUCCAAGCUGAGCAAUCGGGAGAAGGGCCUUGGUCAGGAAGGUGACCAAGGACCCGGUUGUCACUCCGACAGAGCUCCAGAGCUCCUCUGUCGAGAUAGGAGAACCUUCCAGAAGGACAACAAUCUCUGCAGCACUCCACCAAUCAGGCCUUUAUGGCAGAGUGGUCAGACGGAAGCCACUCCUCAGUAAAAGGCAAAUGACAGCACGCUUGGAGUUUUCCAAAAGGCACCUAAAGAUUCUCAGACCAUGAGAAACAAGAUUUUCUGGUCUGAUGAAACCAAGAUCAAACUCUUUGGCCUAAAUGCCAAGCAUCACGUCUGGAGGAAACCUGGCACCAGCCCUACGUUGAAGCAUUGUGGUGUCAGCAUAAUGGGGAUGCUUUGGGACAAGUCUCUGAAUGUCCUUGAGUGGCCCAGACAGAGCACGGACUUGAACCUGAUUAAACAUCUCUGGAGAGACCUGAAAAUAGCUGUGCAGCAAAGCUCACCAUCCAACCUGACCGAGCUUGAGAGGAUCUGCAGAUAAGAAUGGGAGAAACUCCAAAUACAGGUGUGCCAAGUUUGUAGCGUCAUACCCAAGAAGACUCUAGGCUGUAAUUGCUGCCAAACUUGCUUCAACAAAGUACUGAUGAGUAAAAAUGUCAUCCAUUUUAGAAUAAGGCUUUAAUGUAAAAAAAAGGUGGAAAGCAUCAAGGGGUCUGAAUGCACUGUAUAAUUUCAUAUUUUUUGGAGUGGUGGCAACAAUUUAGCAGCGGCAGCUCGCCUCUGCUAAAUGAAUAUAGGGGGAAACACUGGCAAACACUGCAAGCACCUCUUAUAUAGUGUAUAGUCCUGGUUUUCCUUUGGCUCUGUUUAUGCUGACAUAGGUAGUUUGGCUUAGUAGAUGCAAAACUUGUAUUUUCCCGGAAAUGCAAUGCAGAUGAUGGAGAGCUUAACAUAGUACUUUUAGACACUGUAAGAUCUUUUUUGACAUUUUAAAUCUAGAAAGUUACAAUGAGAAUAUUAUGGACUUCAAGGGGUAGUCUUGGUUUAUUUUCUUACAAUAUCCAAAGAUUUCUUUACAUAUUCCUCCCAUCCAUAGUUAUUUCUGUGUUGCCUCAAGAUAUAUAUAUAUAUAUAUAUGCUGUUGAUUUAUUUUUCACUAACAGUGAAACCUGGGUCGUGUCAAAUAUUUGUGUUUAGGGCUUCAUAUGACAAGUCCAGGUCGUCCCUCCCUGUUUCAUUUUGUUUCCUUCUUUUUCUGCCUAAUGAACAUGAUACAGAAAAUAAAUAUUUGAUUUCAAUAAGUCAGUACAUUAUAAAAGAUAAAUGAUGCUUUCCUAUUAACAUUUCUACGUGCAUAACCCCCUUUGCUUCAUUGCACUAUUGACAUCUUAAACUAUGCAAGUAUUGUUUUUUUCAAUUCCUUUUACUAAAUAACCAAAUAUUAUUUACAAAUAGUUUUAAUUGAUGAAUAUGGAAAUUUGUGAUCAGAAGUCACAUGCUAUAUGCGUUUAUAUUAUUAAUAAGAAAAGUUUGAAGCUAAUUGUAAUAUUUUUCCAGAAUGAUAUUUUGCAACCAUUUAUGCUCUUAUGUCUUUAAAUUACAGUAUGACUGUAUUCACUCUAAAACAAAUUGUUUACAUGAGUAGAUUCAUAUCUAUCCUAUGGAGUCUCCAUUUAAUAUAAUUUUUUGGAUGAUUCUUGAAGUGACAUGUCAAUGGUAAACUUUGUUCAUUGUUUUACAUUAAUAGGCCUUUUUACCAUGUAACAUGCCCAUGUAGAUAGAGAACAUACUGUAUACAUUUCUCCAUUUCUCCUAUUUGCUAUGCUUGUUAGAAAUGAUAUCUCUCAGCGAGUAUUGUGCAUCCUUUAUUUGUAAUUUGUAAAAUCUUUAUUUGGUAUUUUGAAUUGUAAUUAAAAGCAUUUUGAGAUGUG